UUUCGCCCGCUGACGCAUACACUGACAAUACCCGAACAAAUCCAUCAAUCAUUUUUAUUUUUAUUUACAUUUGAACUGCUCGCUCCAUACACCUGACCUCUCUUUCUUCCACUCACCGGCGGCCAUUUUUCGGUCCGGCGAUACCUCUUCCCGCCAUUAGCUGAAGCCGGUAACACCAGAUCUUUGUAAUCAUGUCUGGCCAAAGCCAACGCUUGAAUGUAGUUCCUACCGUUACUAUGCUUGGAGUUAUGAAAGCUCGCCUUGUUGGUGCAACAAGAGGUCAUGCUCUCCUCAAGAAGAAGAGCGAUGCUUUAACAGUGCAGUUUCGUCAGAUUCUUAAAAAUAUUGUGUCGACCAAAGAAUCCAUGGGAGAUGUCAUGAAAAACUCCUCCUUUGCCCUUACUGAAGCCAAGUACGUUGCUGGCGAGAACAUCAAGCACAUCGUUCUCGAGAAUGUCCACAAUGCCACUAUUAAAGUUCGAUCAAGGCAAGAGAAUGUUGCUGGUGUAACUCCAAAGUUCGACUAUUUUACCGAAGGUGAGGCCAAGAACGACCUCACUGGAUUGGCAAGAGGUGGACAACAGGUCCAGCUCUGCCGUGCUGCUUAUGUGAAAGCAAUCGAGGUUCUCGUGGAGCUUGCUUCACUUCAAACAUCAUUUUUAACUCUUGACGAAGCAAUCAAGACCACAAACCGUCGUGUCAAUGCUCUGGAGAACGUUGUGAAGCCUAGGUUGGAGAAUACAAUAAGCUAUAUCAAGGGGGAGUUGGAUGAGCUCGAAAGAGAGGACUUCUUCCGGCUGAAAAAGAUACAGGGUUAUAAGAAGCGAGAAAUUGAGAGACAAAUGGCAGCAGCCAGGAACUUUGCCAACGAGCAGGUUGCGGAAAAGUUAUCGCUGAAGAAGGGCAUUUCCCUAAAUUCAGCUCAGAACUUGUUGUCUGCGGAGAGGGACGACGACAUCAUUUUCUGAUUCGGAUGCUAGUUUUAUAUGCUUGUGCUUACUUCGUUCUGCAGAGGAUUUCUAUUAAUAUUUAGCCGGACCGUCUUAUAUUCUGAAUAAAAGCUCCAUUCGGUUCAUGUGUGUUCCUAUUUAUUGUGAAUUAUUCGUACCAAAACUUACAUUAGUUCAAGGUUUUGAAAUAUUUGUUGAUUAUAAGA